GGCACGAUGAAGGAGAAUAUGCAGGGAGAUGGCCACCCCCUGGUUUCGAAAAGAGCACGACAAGCACCUGGAGUACGACGAGGACUGCAAGUCAGAAGGGCGGGGAUACCGGCCCGCUGUCUACUGGAGGUCGGCAAGCCCCAGGGUCACGAAUUGGGGCAUCGGGCGACGACAUGGUUCCAUCCGGCGCCGAUGUCCCGGGCGAGUCCACUGAAGUCCGUGACAUCGCUAUGGAAGGGACACCUAAGGAUAACGCAGACGACGCCAUUGAAGCCGCGAGUGACGAAUCUCAUGAGAUGUUGCAAUACGGGAAAUCUACCGUGACGCUAGUACAGUCGAAGAAAGAUGAAGCAGACGAACCACCUCCAUUGUCGGAGGCACAAUCAGGAGGCUUCUUUGGCCAGGCAAGCAAGUUCAUGGGCACUGUCUUCGGAGUCAACAAAAAGGUCAAAACGGAGCCCGUCAAGAGUCUCCAACUAGCUGCAGCUGCGGCUAAGAAGGAGCAAGAAGAGAAGGAGAAGAAGGCGUCAAGGCUCAAAGAGAUGGAACAUCGCCGUGCUCUGGCCACCCAACGCAAAGCAGAAGAGGAGAAGGCGCAUGCUGUUGAGGAGGAUAAAAAGAUGAAAGAAGAGGCUGAGCGUCGAAAGCGCGAGCGUGAAGAGCAAACUGAGAAACGCCCUCUUAAAUUUGCUCCCAAGAAGGAUGACGAUAAUACCAAGAAACGAAAGAUUGCUGUUGAUGAAAAGAAACCGGAGGCCAAGAAGAUACCGCCGAAGGACGCUACCCGCGCUACGAAACCUACCGUGAAACCUCCCGUUCAGAACAAACCCAGCACUUCGUUCAGACCCACAACCGCCGCGGCUAGCUCGUCGCAGAGUGUUGCAGGUACCGCUGGGUCGAAUGGCACAGCGAAAACGACUGCAGCGCCCCCUCCCUCGUCGAAACCGGCUAAGGCACUCCCCCCGUCUGGACUCGCUGCAAAUGCUACAAAGGGUAAAGCGAAGAUGAAAGCACCCGAGGAGGAUCUCCGUCAACCCUCUGAGGUUGUUCAAACCCAGAUGGUGGCUCGCAUCGAGGCUCAGCUGAAAGCACAGCAACCCAAGAUUGCCAGCGAAAGCAUCGAACUACCGGACAUCAACAGCGAAUAUUCGGACUCGGAUGACGAAGACCGUAAACGCACUUUCGAUCCUCCGGAAUGGGCCCAGUCGCCGGAUCUGAGGGCACAGCUACAACAGCAGAGCACGAUUAAUCCGGACGAGAUCUUCGGCUCCGUUCAGCCGCUCGUGAUGGAAAAGAUAUUUGCAAAACGGCAUAGCAAAUUCAGGGCUCGGACCAGUUCUGCGAAUUGGACCGGCACGGACGAGUUAACGAAGCACGAGGAGAAGGAGUAUGCCAAACGGAUGGGCUUCCGUUCUUAGUUUUUCUGCUCGACUCAUGCCCAUUGACCAUGGUUUCCGGUAUAUGACGUUCGUUGUGGCACC